UGUGUUUGGAUACGCUGUCGCCAAUCACUAGUUCAUCAAAGGUACAGGGCUCAGCGAAGAGUUCUCCAUUUUCAUUGCAUUCUCCGAGAGCUUCUCUACCCAGGAUGAGUUGUCUUCCUGUGUUGCCUGGUCCCAGUUUGACAUUCAUGUCUCCCAUUAGUAUUUUAAUGUCACCUACUGCAGUACUGUCCAAUGUUGCCUGCAGCUGUCUGUAUAACUGUUCUUCAUUUUCUAGUUCUGUGUUACUUGUGGGUGCACAUCAUUGUAUAAUUGGUUCUUUCCUUCCUUUUUGAGUUAAGUCUGGUGGUCAUUAUCCUGGGUGAGAUCGCCUCUCAUUGUAUGAGUGUCUUUGUUGCCGUUGAUGACAUCAUGAUAGCUAAACCCUCGGUGUGAUCGUGGUUGUCUUCUGGAUGGCCGAGGUAGAUCACCGACUCUUCCGUUAACAAUUUGAUGAGUCCAAUCCCAUUCCAUCUGAUUACGCAUAUUAUCAAUACUUGAUUUCCGUAUCUUUUCAGGUCGUUCACUAGCUGAGCAGCUUUGUCAGUCUCAUACAUGGUGCGGACGUUCCAUGUCCCCACAUAGAAUUCUUCUUUUGUCACAAGGAGACAUCGUGCUGAAGUUUCUGUAGCAACCGUGUUAACAGGGUGUGAUUGCUGGCCUCAUGCCUGAGAAGAGGUUGUUACGUGAAUGUAUAGUUUACAGAGGAGUGACUUGUGGGUUGCUCUCGUUCGAAUCAAGAAAACAAAGAAUUAAGCAAUCAAGACAUUAUCAGCAAAAGGAAAAAAGUAACAACAGGAUGAGCAGUGACAACAACAAUACAUAAAGCCAUAGCAACAGUAUCACUUGCAUAAAAAACGGUUAACAACAGUGAUAUCAAAACCAUAGACUCACUGACCUGGGUCAAAAUGAAUAUAUAAGUCUAACAAUGUAUCAUUGAUAUAAGAAUAAAACUUGGGCACUGUGGUAGAGUAUAAUUCCAUUAUGGGUAACAAUGUACACAGUUAUGGAUAUUAGAUAGUGUUAAACAUUCACAAUAUGCUAAACAGAUGCUUAAAGGUUUUAUCAGUCAACAAGAUUCUAUCCACAGAUUCAAUGUUCGAAAGUCAAAUAAUUAAAUAAAUUCCACAACUUCAUGGCAAGAAACGCCAGAGAAAUUAAAGUUUUAUGUAUCUGAGCAAAUAUGGCGUACUGAUCGAAAAGCGUGUCAAGGUUGUUUUUUCUCUUGUUUUCUUAGCUGACCUUCAAAAGCUGCAAAAGGCAGCGGUCAUCGCAUCUAAUGCAUACAGAAAGACUUCAACAUAUUUGCAGAGUAUAAGGAAAGGAAAUUACAAAAAUGAAACAUCGAAUGAUGCUGAAAUUACGCAGGCGUAUUGGAAGGCUCGUUAUGAUUUUGACAACGGCACAA